AUUGGAUUAGAGCUAAGCCUCAAGCGGCACCGUGUUUUAUAUUGGCAGUUUCCUUUAACAAACAAGUGAAGUAACUAAGAAGAAGAUGGUGAAGAAGAAGGAGAAGAAAGCAAACGUCUCCGGCAAGCCGAAGCACUCUCUGGACACGAACCGUAACAAUGGUACCCACGAUGGCUCAUCGCGUAGCGCCGCCACUGUCCGCCGUCUUAAGAUGUACAACACCAAACCCAAGCGGGAUAGCAAGGGUAAAAUUUUGAAGUAUGAGUUGCAAUCCAAGGAGCUUCCCAACACGCGCAUCCAACCUGACCGCCGGUGGUUUGGAAACACACGGGUUGUAAAUCAAAAGGAGCUUGAAUUUUUUUGCGAAGAGCUCCAAAAUCGGAUGUCAAGUAGCUAUAAUGUCAUAUUGAAGGAAAGGAAGUUGCCACUAUCCCUUUUAAAUGACCAUCAGAAGCAAGCCAGAGUACAUCUUCUUGAUACGGAGCCUUUUGAGGAUGCAUUUGGACCUAAGAGGAAGAGGAAGCGCCCAAAGCUCUUGGCGGCAGAUUAUGAGUCUUUAGUAAAGAAAGCUGAUGGUUCUCAGGAUGCUUUUGAGCUGAAGCAUGGUUCCAAUGCAUCUGCAGAAGGAAGUGAAGUAGAUGGAUUUAGGGACCUGGUUCGGCAUACAAUGUUCGAAAAGGGCCAAAGUAAACGUAUAUGGGGUGAACUCUACAAAGUUAUAGACUCAUCAGAUGUUGUAGUGCAGGUUUUAGAUGCCAGGGAUCCUCAAGGUACUAGAUGCUAUCAUUUAGAGCACCAUUUGAAAGAACAUUGCAAGCAUAAACACAUGAUUCUUCUGUUGAACAAGUGUGAUCUUGUUCCAGCCUGGGCUACAAAAGGAUGGUUGAGGAUACUAUCCAAGGAAUAUCCAACUCUAGCAUUCCAUGCAAGCAUCAAUAAGUCUUUUGGCAAGGGUUCUCUUCUGUCCGUAUUAAGGCAAUUUUCCCGCUUAAAAAGUGACAAACAAGCAAUAUCAGUGGGAUUUGUUGGUUAUCCCAAUGUUGGGAAGUCAUCAGUUAUCAACACACUGCGUACUAAGAAUGUUUGCAAGGUUGCUCCUAUCCCGGGGGAGACUAAAGUCUGGCAAUAUAUAACAUUAACAAAACGGAUCUUCUUGAUUGACUGCCCUGGAGUUGUUUAUCAAAAUAGCGACUCUGAAACAGAUAUUGUAUUAAAGGGUGUGGUACGUGUCACAAAUUUGCAUGAUGCUGCUGAACACAUAGGAGAAGUCCUGAAACGUGUCAAGAAGGAGCACCGUGAAAGAGCAUAUAAAAUAAAAGAAUGGGAUGAUGAAAAUGACUUCCUGGUUCAGCUUUGCAAAUUAACAGGCAAACUUUUGAAGGGUGGUGAACCUGACUUGAUGACUGCAGCAAAGAUGGUCCUUCAUGACUGGCAGAGAGGUAGAAUAGCUUUCUUUGUCCCCCCACCAUGGCUAGAAGAUGACUCCCGAGAGGAGCCUAAUGCAGAUAGUUUAAAUGAGGAGGCUGCAGAGGAUGAUAAUCAAGCAUCUGCGGCUUUUAGAGCCAUUGCGAAUGUCAUUUCGUCCCAGCAACAAAAAAGUGUCCCUGUCCAAAGGGAUCUUUUUAGUGAGAAUGAGUUAAGAGGUGAUGGGGCUGACCAGUGUCUGGCUGCUGAGUGUGAGAAGCCUGAGCAGCCAUCAGGGACGGAGGAUGAAAUGGAUGACGAGCUUGCAACUAAAGGAAAAGUUGAAGCAACUGAAUAAGGUGGGUUAGCCUUUUCUUUUGUGGUUUCUCUAUCUAGAGAGAUUAAUUUUGAGGUCUUUGGUAGGUUACAUAGUUUUUGCUUUACGAGAAAAUUUGUAUGGUGCAUUUUAAGUUCAAUAAUAUGAUGUUCCCUUGGACUAA